AUGAGCUCCUCAAGCAUCUCGUUGCACUGGUUUCGGAAAGGCCAGCGCCUGCAUGACAAUCCAGCCCUGUGGCGUGCACUGCGCGGGGCCACCCAGGUGUACCCGGUCUUCGUGAUUGAUCCGCACUUUGCCAAGCCCGAGAAUGUGGGCGUGCUACGCUACAACUUCCUUCUCGAGUCGCUCAAAGACCUGGAUGAGCAAUUGCGGGGGCUUGGCUCACGCCUCUACGUGCUACGAGGCAAACCAGAGGAGCAGCUCCCAAAGAAAUUCAAGGAAUGGAAGGUCACGCGUUUGACCUAUGAGCUGGAUACGGAGCCCUAUGCCCGUGUUCGAGACGCGGCAAUCAAUGACCUUGCCAAAAAGCAUAACGUCGAGGUCAUUGCUGAAGCAGGCCACAUGCUACACGAUCCAGAAUCGUAUCUCAAAAAGUGUGGUGGCGCUAGUAAGGAUCGCCAGGACAAAUCCUACGACGUCCCAACGCUCAAAGAGAUGGGCUACAGUCCCAUCAAGGCCCCACAAAUGGUCCUUUUUCCCGGAGGUGAACGAGAGGCCCUGAAGCGCCUCGAGCAUUUUAUUAAAAAGAAGAAUUGGAUUGCAACUUUCGAGAAGCCCAAGACCAAUCCUGCGGCUCUUGACCCCGACACCACCGGUCUCAGCCCUUACAUGAAGAUGGGUUGUCUAUCGGUUCGCAAGUUUUGGUAUGAUGUGCAAAAGGUGUACGAUGAGAAGAAGGAUCACAGCACACCACCAGAGUCCCUGCACGGCCAGUUGCUCUUUCGCGAGCUAUUUCACCUGUGUGGCUACGCUGUCAAGAAUUUUGACAAGAUGAAGGGCAACCGCAUCUGCCGUCAAAUUGACUGGGACUAUUCGGAGAAAUUCCUCGAUGCCUGGGAGAACUCAAAGACGGGCUACCCCUGGAUUGAUGCAUGCAUGGCCCAAUUGCGCCAUGAGGGCUGGAUGCAUCACUUGGCUCGCCAUGCGGUUGCUUGCUUUCUUACCCGCGGUGACCUCUAUCAGUCAUGGGAACACGGCGCGCGCAUCUUUGAAAAGCAUCUGGUCGAUGCUGACUGGCAUCUCAACAACGCCAAUUGGAUGUGGCUGAGCUGCUCAAGCUUUUUUUACCAAUACUUCCGAGUGUACUCGCCCAUUGGAUUUGGUCAGAAGUAUGACAAAGAGGGUGCCUUCAUCCGUAAAUACCUUCCCGUGUUGAAGGACAUGCCCAAGAAAUACAUCUACGAGCCCUGGAAAGCCCCCAAGGAGGUGCAGCAAAAGGCCAAGUGCAUCAUCGGCAAGGACUAUCCUGAGCCGAUUGUAGACCACAGUGAUGUGUCAGAGACCAACAAGGACCGCAUGAAAGCGUGCUAUGAUGCUCACAAACGUGGAGGCCCAAUCCCGGGUAGUGUGAGCCGGGGUGCAACUACAGAUGGCGCACCCACUCAAAAACGCCCCAAGCAUGAGUAA